AUAUAUAUAUAUAGAUAGAUUAGAUUAUUAAUAUGUAAGUAAUUUGUCAGUUAUAUGUCAAUAUGUUAAUUAUUGUGUAAUUCACAUGACUUGGUUUAAAAAAAAAAAAGAAAUUUAAAUUUUCAUCUAGACCGAUUUAUGACAAAUGAGAAAACUGACAGAAAAAUAUAAAUUGAAUUAUAAAUCCACUUUGAACUAUCAACAACAACCAUUUCUUUCUUCUUAUCAUUAGAUAAUCCCUAUCACAUACACUCACAUACAUACACAAUGGUUGCCGUUAUUGCCUCUAAACAAGAAUUCGCUGAAGCCUUACAACACGAUGGUUUAGUCGUGGUUGAUUUCUUUGCUACUUGGUGUGGACCUUGUAAGAUGAUUGCUCCAUUAUUAGACAAAUUCUCUAAAGAAUAUACUUCUGCUAAAUUUGUUAAAGUUGAUGUUGAUCAAUUCGGUGAAAUUGCUCAAGAAUAUGAAGUUAGUUCUAUGCCAACUGUUAUUUUCUUUAAAGAUGGUAAGAUUGUUAACAAGAUCAUUGGUGCUAACCCAGGUGCUUUAAAACAAGUUUUAGCUGCUAAUGCUUAAACUUACUUGAUUAAUCUAAUAUAAUCUAAUCCAAUCAAUUCAAUCAAUCCAUCCAUCCGUUAUCCAUUUUACGUUCCAAUCUACCAUCACUACAAUCCCAUAUGAUAAAUCAAAUUAAAUCAAGGGAUGGUUCCCUUGACACUUGUGUUUUUACAGAAUUUUAUAUACUUAAUUAAUUAUUUAUUUAUUUAUUCAAUAAUAAUAAUAACAAUAAGAAUAAUAAUUAUAAUAGA